ACACAUUAUCAGAUUGAGCAUAUAAAUUGGCAGAAAAUCGUGAGCACAGCCCUGAAAGGCCGCAUGACAGCUGACCUACCUGCUAUCCAAAUUUUGACUGAGGCGCAAGCGGCAAGGGCUAUCGGUGUAGCACGCAGAGGCGCUAACCUAUCAUGGCGCAUCUAGUGGGAGCGUCCGUGCGUAUACCAGGCGAUGCUUGGCAACCGAAGCAGGAUAAAGACACAGCUGGUGCAGUCCUCCAUUUCGCGCGUCCCACUCGAGGCUAUCCAGAAGGCCGCAUCCGAAUCCUCUGCGACGACGGCACAGAUGUCUGGUGGGAUGUCGCCAAACUUCCCGCCGAGUGGAUUACCUCUCUCCCGCCGGACACAAUCCCUCAAUCUCCAACAUCCGUCGUCCAUGCCACGCCUAGCCGCGCCAGCCGUCGAACCAACGCCGUCACACCCAGCACCGCAGGCCGAACCCGCUCCCGCCGGCAAUCCACACGCGCACCAGCCGUCGACGGAUACGACAGCAGCACUGCUGGUGCAGGCUUACUAAGUGACGGUGACGGAGCCGCUGAGCGUAUCGCCCAACCGCUAAGCCCCGCCAUUAAGCCGACGCCCGUCGGAACCUCUCCGGCAGGCACCGUUGGCUUGGAGCUAGCGCCUGCCGGCGGCAUGGAAAGUGUCGGCAUCCUGCUUUCCGACGGAGAGCAGCAAGCCGCAGUGGCGCCACCGACGACUGGUCUAGCGCGACGCAGCGCUCGACUCCGCAAGUCGCUUCGCUUCGCGCCCGGUACCAUUAGCCCUGGCGGCGCCGCAGUCGCUGUCGCCGUCCCCGCCGCUUCGGCUCCCGUCGGUUCAUUCCCGCCACCGCCGUACGCUGCCACAUCCACCGCUAGCGCGCCGCUCUUCUUCGAGAUCGAUGCGGAAACCGAAAUUGAUACUGCCGUACAUUCGACACCGCUACGUGGAGUCACCGCCGAGACCGACAUUGACGCCGACGUGGCAUUCGCGUCCGCGACCGAGCCGCCCUCGACCGCAUUCACCGCAUUCCCGCCCUCCUCCGCACCUUCCUCAUCCUCAUCUUCCGCAGUUCCCACAUUGCCUUGGGAACAACGCCUCCGCAAUACCGUCCUCAUGGUACUCGUCACGCUUCCCGCGCUGUACUUUUUCCACUACCUACGUUCCAGCUGCAGCGCCGAGCAACAGCUCCGGCCGUUGGGGCCGUUUACAGACGCGUUGUUGCGCUCGGGCGACGUGUCGGGUGUGCUGCGGUCGUCGGACUUUUGGUGCGCCGUGGGAUUCCAACAGCCGCUGGUCGCGGUGAACCUGGUGUUCUUCCUCAAUGUUGGAGUCCUGUUUUGGCUGAUUAGCUUGGUCCAGGGCAGCACCUGGCUCAUCGACCCCUUCUGGACCAUCGCCCCCAUGAUGAUCGCCCUCUUCUACCAGCACCACCCGGCCGCCUCCACCGACCCCCUCCGCAGCCGCCUCUCCAUGGGCCUCAUGUGGCUCUGGGCUGCACGAUUGACCCACUCAUACUUCCGGAGGGAGGAGUGGCAGGUUGGCGCUCGUGAGGACUGGCGCUACGCCCACAUGGCUCGCCGGCUGGGUCGCCUCCGCUGGGCAUUCGCCUCGUUCUUUGCAGUUGGUGUUGCUCAGCAGCUGAUGCUGGUUGGCCUCACGUUGCCUAUCCUGGCAAUCCACACCUCCAGCGCUCCUUGGAGCCCGCUUGUGGAUUCUGCCAUCUUUCUGUCGGCCGCGACCGGUAUCAUGGUUGCUCUGACUGCGGAUAACCAACUCCGGAAGUUUGUUGUGGAUAAUGAGAAGCGUGUGGCCAAGGGCCGCUCGCCGCUGUUGCUGCUGGAUACUGGCCUGUGGCGCUACAGCCGUCACCCCAACUUCUUUGGCGAGCAGCUCUGGUGGUGGUCGCUGGCGGCUUGGGCCGUGCUGUGCGGUCAGCCCUGGAUGGUGGUCGGAGCCGCGUUCAACAGCAUCUGCUUUAUCCCCAUCACCCUCAUGACCGAGCAACGCAUGCUCCAGCGACCCGAGCGGGCGGACCUGUACCGCCACUACCAGAAGACCACCAGCGUCUGGGUGCCUUGGUUUCCCCGAGCCGCCAGGCUGUGAAGAACUGUUCGAGGAUGGAUGGUGCUGACGGGUGGAUGCUGACAAGUGCCGAUUAUACGGGCUGCCCAAUUGCGAAGCCACGGGAGGGUGGUGAGCGCAUGGGCUGGGAUUUAGAUGGGCACAUGGUUUGGUGACGGACGCCGGACGGGUGUGUGCUAGUACGAUACUACAGUGGUAGACAAAUUUUGACGUUUUCAGUAUGGGCAUUCAAUCCAACGGAGCGCUAGUUUAAGUUUAAGGGGGCGCUUCUUAGGAUGAUAAGACGUGGUAUGUAUGGUCAGGUACGUGAGCAGAGCUGUGUUGCAAGCCCGCAUACGGGCGGUUUUGGGGUUGGCUAGAUUACUGUUGGUGAUAGACAUUGCUUCUUUGAUGCGCAGUGGUCCGUGAGCGCGGUUGUAAGCUAGCAACCUUUGGCUCUUCCAGGUUUAGGUUGCAAAUCCGCAACCCGGAACAUGUUGGUUGGCUUGCAUGCGUCCCACAUGACUUGCAACCUCCCCACUGGCUUACUAAUAGAGCAGGUCCUGGCACUCGUGUGUUUAGCCUCUUACAAGGCGCGUUCGAAAACAUGACCGCUUCCGCUAGACAUGCAUUGGCUCUGCUCAAUAGCAAGCCUAAUGUCAGUGUUGUGUUGAAGCUGCGGAUGUGAAUUCCGUCAACCUGAAACACCCUGUAAUCAACUCGUAACGGUUGUAAGAUGCAACGUUCGUUCUGUGCUGACCCAAG